AUGCAUCCUAUGAAGGUUAAUCCACAAGAAACCAAGAACAAGGGUUGUCUGCGAGACCGUCAACUAGUAUUGGUUAGGAACUAUAGAAACCAAGACUUGAAAAAUUACCAAAGAGCAAUCAAUGAAAUUGUAUUUGCAUCAAUAAUGAGUGAUCAUAAAAGUGUUUUGAAGUUGUUAGGAUGCUGCUUAGAGAUUCCAGUUCCGACCCCCAUUUUCGAAUUUACAAAGAAUGGGACUCUGGGUUAUCAUCUUUUCAGUCUUGAUGAUUCCCAUUCACUGGCAUGGACAUCAAGGUUAAAGAUUGCAGCUGAUAUACCUAAUGCAGUUGCUUAUCUCCACUUUGCAUAUCCUUGGCCAAUUAUUCAUAGAGAUAUAAGUCCUUGGACUAUUUAUCUGGAUGAAAAUUGCGUUGCUAAGUUGUCUGAUUUCUCACUCUCCUUUCCUAUCCCUGAAGGUAAGUCCCAUGUACAGGGUCAAGUGGUAGAUACAAUGGGAUGCGCUGCUCCUGAAUAUUGCAAGGUUACAGGAUGCUCCAAUGAGAAGAAUGAUGUUUUCAGUUUUGGUUAUGAUGUGAAGCAAGAAAUAGAAGAUGAUAGGAUUACUGACAUUGUUGAUUCUAGAAUUUUAGAUGAGGGGACCUGGACUGGGAAAGAGGAGGGAUUUCAAGCUGUUGCAGUGCUUGCCCUUAGAUGCAUCCGCAACUCAGAAGAAGAUAGACCAACGAUGAUUGAUGUGGCAAAGAAACUCAGGCAGAUUUAUCAGGCUGCAACUUCUUUUGGUAGUGACUUUCACCUUCAAUCUCAAUCAAAACUGCUCGUGUUAAAUCUGCUCUGCUGUCCUUAG